AUAUCUUUUCACGCAUGCGCACGGGGGGACCUUGUCCCCGUAAAAUCUUUUCACGCACUCUAAAAGCUGCGGGAAGGAAGUAUUCCCGUAUGUGCAUGUAAUGUUUUCCGGUUUGCAGACCGAAUAUUAUAAGAAAAAGUACACGACAGCACUCCGGACAACGGGGGAGGCACGUACAAGGUAAUGGAGGAACGUGCGGAGAAGGACAGUGCGAGGAAGUGACUCAUACGCUGGUGCUACAACCUAGCUGUAACUCACGUAUCGCGUAUUGUGACAAUAUACAGUUGCGUACGUUACGCGGUGAAGCCGGUUGAUGAUUGCUCAUUUUUCGAGUGUCCCGACGCGAUGUAAAAAUAUACAUUUGUCUCAUAGAUAUAACUCACUACCGGUGAUUGUCAACAACAGCAAUUUUGAGCUGUAGUACUUAUCAACGAUAAAAAUGUCGUUCGAGUAACACGAGACAAGGCGCAGUAAGAGAGUGCGAAGGUGUCGCGCGCCUUGACAUUACUUUAAUCCUCCUAAUCCGUCGAUGUGUUUAUAUUCGUCGUAAUGCCUGUCACCUCGGCAACGGACAGAUGGGCUUCGAAAAUAGUUAUUGUGGUGCAGUUGAUCACCUGGAACGCCAUUGGUAUUGUCAUUAUACAGUCAGGCGUUAGUACUUUGCAACAACGAAUGUUAGAAGCGACUAGCCAUUACGCCGAGACAAAUUCAACAGUUAAUUCGGACAUAGAAUCUACGGAACGCAAUGAAAACGAUCUUAGUACUGUAGUUUCUACGCGGCAACGCGUGAUCGAUAAGAACACAAAGGACGAAUCAUCCACGCAGUCUCUGUUGGAUUAUUCCGGAGCCUCGGCGACUGGCCGAGAAAUAUCGAACACGCGAGUAAAUAAUCAUUUAGCUGAAGAAGAUCGAUCUGUCAAUUAUUCCAAAAGUAAGGGUAUUUGGGACAAAAUCGCGAGAAUAGGUCGCGACAACGAACGCGAGUCGCAAAUAUCAAAUAGCUUUCGCACGGAUUCCAUGUUGAAGCCGGCUUCGAAGGAGGAGGAUGAGACUGAUGCGAAGAGAAAGAGUUCCUUUGUAGAAACCGCACUGAAUAAUGGACCGCGAUUUGUGACGCUUGACCGAGCGAAAGAAGCGACGCCAGAGAAUAUUGACAGUCAACUUGCCGAUAUUAUUUGGAGAAAUAGAAACAGAGAGAAAUUGUACUAUGUACGAGCAAACGAUGUAACGAUGGGCGUCGGUUUGGUGGUGAUUGGAUGCAUCAUGUUGCUGAUAGGAGUGGCUGUGAUUAUUAUACGAAUUUUAGACGAGAAAAGACGGGCGAAGGAUGCGUACGCAUUGUCGUGGGAAGACCCACCGCCAACAUACGCAGAAGCUGUCUAUCUAAGCGAAGCACCUAGAUAUUCGACGCUUGCUUUGAACGAGUAAAGUUCAUUUCUUCGUCCUUUUUUUUUAACCGUUUUUGUUUUGUCAAAUUUUAUAAUCAAGUCAAAGUUUAUGUAGA